AUGGACCUAGCGGCGGGCGAGGAAGAGCGCGCACUCGCUGACCUCGGGGACACUCCGCGCCUUUUAUCCGCCGGCGCGGGCGGCUGGGCUUCCACAGGCGUAUGCACGCGCAUGUCUGAGCCUGCUUACACAGAUGGGGGUCUUCCCCACCUGGAUAAAUCUCCAGCCCUAUUCAGCCUAAACCUCGGACUCCUCUCCUCGAGCUCUAGCCUGAAGAGCAUUAGUGGAGAAAGCCACAUCCUCGGGGUCGGGUGUGACCACCAAUGCAGUCCCCAGCUGAGCGGCAUCCCCUUUGCCACUGGGCACUUCUCUCUGCCUUUGGUCAGCAGUGUCUCCUGGGCCUCCCCAUUGCUGGCCAUUGACAUCCUAGCAUUUCCCAUGUACCUGCUGAACUUUAUGGGCUUGUAGAACUGGAUGUGCAAAAGGUUCCCCUACUUCUUGGUGAGGUUCACUGUGAUGUACAAAGAACAGAUGGCAAGCAAGAAGCGGGAGCUCUUCGGCAACCUGCAGGAGUUUGUGGGCCCCUCCAAGAAGCUCUCCCUGCUGGAGGUGGCCUGUGGCACCGGGGCCAACUUCAAGUACUACCCACCUGGGUGCAGGGUGACCUGUAUUGACCCCAACCCCAACUUUGAGAAGUUUUUGAUCAAGAGCAUUGCAGAGAACCGACACCUGCAGUUUGAGCGCUUUGUGGUAGCUGCCAGGGAGAACAUGCACCAGGUGCCCGAUGGCUCUGUGGACAUGCUGGUCUACACCCUGGUGCUGUGCUCUGUGAAGAACCAGGAGCAGAGUCUCCAUGAGGUGUGCAGAGUGCUGAGACCGAGUCCGGUUUUCUAA